CCACUGUAGAACAAUCAUCGGUAAGCCGGUUCUGUUUGGUAAUCCUUUCCUUAUUUGAUUUUGAGUAUGGUGGUUUCAGUAUGAAUCCCCAUGGUUGUUGCUUCUAUGCUCACUUCACUCUGAUUCUUAAUCCCCAUGUUAUCUGAUACAUUUCUUUGAUUUUAGUUUGGAGUAAUCAGUGAGAUAAAAAGUGUAAAUUAGCAUUUUAAUUUUGUGGGUUUUGUUUCCUUUUAUCAUACCAUGGCUAUUUCAAUGCUCUAUGGAGCUCAAAAUAUGAAACUCACUUCUGGCAUAGCACCAACUGGGUUAGGUUUCGGGGGAAAUUUUCAAUAUGGGUCUUUCCCCAAAAAGGUUUCAGUUAGUUAUGGAAGGAAUUCCAGGGCUAGAACUUUGGGACCCAUAUGCAGUGUCUCAUCCUCAAGGCCUGCUUCUCAGCCGAGGUUUAUACAGCACAAGCAAGAAGCAUUUUGGUUCUAUAGGUUUUUAUCUGUAGUCUAUGAUCAUGUGAUAAACCCUGGGCAUUGGACUGAGGAUAUGAGAGACGAUGCUCUCGAGCCGGCUGAUCUUUAUGACAGGAAUAUGACAGUGGUAGAUGUUGGAGGUGGAACUGGGUUCACAACACUGGGGAUUGUGAAGCAUGUGGAUGCCAAAAAUGUUACAAUUCUUGACCAAUCACCGCACCAGCUUGCCAAGGCUAAGGAGAAGGAGCCCUUGAAAGAGUGCAAGAUUAUCGAAGGUGAUGCCGAGGAUCUGCCAUUCCCAACUGAUUAUGCGGAUAGAUAUGUCUCUGCUGGAAGUAUAGAGUACUGGCCGGAUCCACAGCGUGGAAUCAAGGAAGCAUACAGGGUACUAAAAAUAGGAGGAAAAGCCUGUCUUAUAGGCCCUGUGUACCCAACCUUCUGGCUGUCUCGUUUUUUCGCAGACGUGUGGAUGCUCUUCCCAACAGAGGAAGAAUACAUUGAGUGGUUCCAAAAGGCAGGUUUCAAAGAUAUUAAACUAAAAAGAAUUGGUCCAAAGUGGUACCGUGGAGUUCGCCGGCAUGGCCUGAUUAUGGGUUGCUCUGUGACAGGUGUGAAGCCCUUAAGUGGGGAUUCCCCUCUCGAGCUUGGUCCAAAGGUUGAGGAUGUGAGGAAGCCCGUCAAUCCAUUUGUGUUUCUUUUCCGGCUAAUUCUUGGAGCAACUGCAGGAGCUUUGUAAGUACAUUGGCCUAUUACCAUUCAACAUAUGAUUUCCCACUACGACGAGGAAACCGGAGCUUCAAGGAAGCAAAGAGAAAGAUCACAAGAUCGGUUCUUGAAGACAAGAUCAAGUCAAAUCAAGUCACUGAUCUUGAGUUUAAUGUGUAUUCAUUCCAUAUUGGUUGGUAUAAAUCUAAAUUGAUAUGCAUAUCGGUUGUAUUAAGUCAAUAAUCCCUUAUGCAUUAAAAUGGUUUUUAACAUGCAUAUCAAUUUGAGACCUUGUUAGGAAAGUGUCGAUUGCACAU